UCGUUUGUUUCUCAAUAAAUCGAUCACUUCGAGGACAUCUGCAAUUUUUUUUCAUUUUUACCCUGUACAUUUUUUUUGUAACAAUGUUUGAAAAACAUUAGCUUGCAAUUAUGAGUGAAUCGCAACCUGUAGUGAAAAUUAUUUAUUACAAUGGUAAUGAUGAUGUGCCAACUUCCAUCAGACUUUCAGUUCCACCAGAUCAAGUGACUCUCAGUGAUUUUAAAUCUGCCAUAAACAUAAAGCCAUCAUGUGAACACAAAUUUUUCUUCAAAACCAUUGUUGAGGGUGUGGGUAUAGUUAAAGAGAAAAUAAUGGAAGAUGAUGUCAAGUUACCCUUCUUUAAGGGUAAUAUCAUCUGUUAUAUUGAGUCUCUAGAGUUGGAUUGUCUGUGUGAUGUUGGCCAUAGUAGACGUGUUUUUAAUCAUCAUUCACAUCCACAUUCUCUUUCUCAUUCCCAUCUACAAUCCCAUUCUCAUCUUCAUUCUCAUUCUUCUCAUUCUUCUGCUCAUUCACACUCUCACACACACUCUCACCCUCCCAAUUAUCACCAUCAAGAUGAAUACUAUUCAGAAGACGAUGAUGAUGAUGAAACAAGUUCAAGGAUCUCAUCUUCUACAAAUGGAACCUCAGUUAGUCGUCCUAGAUUGCGUAGGAAGAAGCUUAGGAAGCGACACAUGUCUAAUGCAUCAUCCGUCUCCAGUGUCACUGAUAAUUCCAGUUGUUAUUUUGGAGCAGUAAUCAAAACCGUUAUUUUAAGCGCGGAUGAUAAAUUGCAUCUCGGAAUGAGCUUAGCUGAAGGUUUAAGUGGCGCACAAAAUGGUAUUUAUGUUGGUUCGCUUAUUAAAGACGGAGCAAUAGCUGCAGAAGGAACUAUUCAACCUUUCGAUAUGCUUCUUCAAGUUGAUGAACACGUUUUAUCUGAUAUGACAAUUGAUGAGGCUCUUGAAAUAAUUCGAGAAAGUAUCCAAAAACCGGGACCAAUGAAACUUGUGGUAGCCAAAAAUUAUGAAUCAAAUCAAGAUAAUUAUUUUCCUAACACUCGAGAUGAGCCAAUUCAACCUAUCAAUUUAGAAGCUUGGACAGCGACCGGCUUUGAUGAAGGAGUCGGUCAUCAAUCCUCAGGAUCUGCUUCUACUUCUCUCAGUCAUUCCUCAAUGCCUAUCUCUGAGCGAAAUCAUCUUUUACCCGAAACAGCAGAACUUUCAGUGACAAAUAGCACCAUGUUUACUAUAGCAAAGAGUGCAGCUAGACCAGGAAGUGGUUUGACUGUAAAAAAUAGAAAGUGGCUGAAAAUGACAAUCUUAAGAGCUUUUGUAGGCCGAGAUUUAGUGGACUGGUUAUAUAAAAAUGUCAAAGGAUUUAGUCGACGCAAAGAAGCUUAUAAAUACGCUAAACAGAUGCUGGAAAAUGGUUAUAUUAAACUUACUAUAGCUAAAAAAUUUUCAGAAAAUAGUUACUACGUGUUUGACGAGAAGUUUUAUUGUGAAGAUGAUGCAAUGUAUUCGCAAUUUUCUACUCAUUUUAAUUAAAAUUAAUCUUUUUUACAUUUUCA